AUGGGUGACAAACAAAAACGGCAAUCGUUUACGUUGCAAGUUAAAUGUGACAUUAUUCGUGAGUUGAUAGGUGGGAAAAAACAAGUUGAUGUGUGCCGCGAAAAAAGCUUGAGCAAAUCUACUGUUGCAACAAUUUGGAAGAACCGGGAUGAACUGUUAAAAGCAUUUGAAAGCAUAAACGUUAAAGUGAAGAAAAUGAGAAAAUCUGUACAUGAUGAGGUGGAUAGAGCUCUGUUAAUAUGGUUUUCGCAACAGAGACGGAAUAAUGUUACAAUAAGUGGUGCAAUUCUCCGAACAAAAGCGGAAGAAUUUGGCAAAAAAGUUCAAGACAACUUCGUGUGCAGUGAAGGCUGGGUUGAAAGAUGGAAAGCGCGACAUAACAUAUGCAGCGGUAAAAUUCUCGGUGAAGCAUCAGAUGUUAAUACAGAAGUGGUGGAUAACUGGAUUUCAACUGUCUGGCCAACAAUUAAAGAAGAGUACAGCGAAAAUGAUGUUUUUAAUGCGGAUGAAACAGGUCUCUUUUUUAAACUUACUCCGGACAAAACCUUAAAAUUCCGAGGAGAAAAAUGUGUUGGCGGUAAAUUGUCGAAGGAGAGGAUUACUGUGUUGGUUUGCGCCAAUAUGUCAGGGACAGAAAAAAGAAAACUUUUGGUUAUUGGCAAGUCCCAAAACCCCCGAUGUUUUAAAAAUGUUAGAAGUCUUCCAGUGGAUUAUCGCGCAAAUUCUAAAGCUUGGAUGACAUCAGAGUUAUUCAUUGAGCACGUGCGAAAAUGGGACGAAGAACUGAAAAGAAAAAAACGCAAAAUUGUGUUAUUAAUUGACAAUUGCCCAGCACAUCCCAAAAUUCAACAAUUGCAGUUUAUCAAGCUAGUCUUCAUGCCUCCAAACACAAGCUCUAUACUUCAGCCAAUGGACCAGGGGAUCAUACGAACCCUCAAAACCUAUUAUCGUCAUUCGCUGCUAAUUAGGCAAGUGCAAAACAUAGAUUCGGGAAAGGCUGUAACCGUUUCUGUAUUGGAUGCCAUAAAUCUAAUCCACAAAUCUUGGCAGAAGAUAUCAAGGCAAACAAUAAAAAACUGUUAUAAGCACGCAGGAUUUUAUUCUCCCAGUACGGAUGAAGAAUAUGACUCUGAUGACGAUUUACCACUGCACACCUGGCUUAUAAAUCAACAAAGGACGACAACGCCUGGUACUUCUACCUCUGGAAACCAUGGAGUGGCCAUCGAGGAUAAUGUUGUGGAUGAAUUUGUUACUGUGGAUGACUGUGUCAUAACUUCCGAAUUUUUGACGGAUGAUGAAAUAAUGUCUGCGGUAAUAGAAGAAUAUGAGGAUAACAACUCAGACACCGAAGACGAGGAUAGUACGGAGGAUGCAACAGUUACGAAUGCAAGCGCAGUUCAAUGUCUACGUGAGAUUCGAAAAUUUUUACAAUCGCGCGGUGCAUCACAAAAUUUGUUUAACAAUUUAGUUGAGUUGGAAACAUUCGUAGAUAACAUUUGUGCAAACAAUGCAGAAGUUCAGAAAAGAAUUACCGACUACUUUAACCUUACUACAACCUAA